ACCCCCGCCCUCUCUGGCAUAAAAGUGAGCAAGCAGAAGCCGUGCAAGCGCAAGAAAGACAGAAAGAAGCAGCCAACGAAAGCGUGAGAAGGGAAAUCGAGAAAUUACGCAAGGAUGAAGUCCCGUUGGCCGCUCGCCUUCUUCUUCUUUUUAUUCUGGGGGAGUCCGAGCGCCGCCCGCUCGCCGUACCAGGCCGUCCUGCAGCACAGCCGCGUCCGGGGACGCCAGCAAGGGCCUAACGUGUGCGCCAUGCAGCAGCCGCGAGGCAGCGACAAGAAAUAUUUCGCCAACUGCAAGCAGUGGUACCAUCGCAAGAUUUGCAACCAGCCCACGGUGGUGACAUACGAGUGCUGUCCGGGUUAUGAGAAGAUUCCUGGAGAGAGAGGCUGCCCUGCAGCGCUGCCUCUGGUCAACAUCUACAACACGGUGGGGGCGGUGGGCGCGUCCACCACCAAGAUGUACGCCGACAGAGCCCAACUCAGGGAGGAGAUCGAAGGUCCCGGAAGCUUCACCUUCUUCGCUCCCAGCAACGAGGCCUGGGCCGCGCUGCCCACGGAGAUCUUGGACGCGCUGGUGAGCAACGUGAACAUCGAGCUGCUCAACGCUCUCCACUAUCACAUGAUCAACCGCCGCCUGACGUCAGAAGAGCUCAAGCACGGCUCCUCCUUCGCCUCCAUGUAUCAGGACUUCCACGUGCACGUGCACCACUACUCCAACGGGAUCAUAACGGUGAACUGCGCCCGUCUGAUAAAACCGGACCAGCACGCCACCAACGGCAUCGUGCACGUGGUGGACCGCGUCAUUACCGCCAUAUCCAACAACGUGCACAUGCUCAUGGACGUGGACGACGACCUCGAGACGCUGCGCACGGCCAUCGCCGCCGCCGGCCUCACCAACCUUUUGGAGAGCGAGGGUCAGUAUACCAUCUUUGCUCCGACCAACGAGGCCUUCCAGAAGAUCCCGACAGAGACCCUGAACCGAAUUCUGGGAGAUCCCGUGUCUCUUCGAGACCUGCUCAACUACCACAUCCUGAAGAACAUGCGCUGCGCCGAGUCCAUCGUGUCGGGAACGCCGAUGGAGACGCUGCAGGGCACGGUGCUGGAAGUGGGAUGCGACAAAGAUCGGCUGACGGUCAACGGGAAAGCUGUGGUGGUUAAGAAGGACCAGCUGGGCACUAACGGCGUCAUCCACUACAUCGACGAACUGCUCAUCCCCGACUCGGCCAAAACUCUGCUGGAGCUGGCCGAAGGCUCCAACGUGGCGACGGCGAUCCGAAUGUUUGUGGAGGCGGGCCUGAGCCACCACCUGAAGGGCUCCGAAGCGCUCACCAUGCUGGCCCCAUUGGACGACGCCUUCAGAGGGAGCGUGAGCGGCGACACGCGGAGGGUGAUGAGCAAUCACGUCGUCAAGGAACAGCUGUCGUCCAUGUCCUUGUAUCACAAUCAGGAACUGGAGACGCUCUCGGGUGUCAAACUCCGAGUCUUGGUCUACAGAAACAACUUGUGCAUCGAGAACGCCUGCCUGGCCGCCCACGACAAGACGGGACGCUACGGCACCAUGUUCACCGUGGACAGCGUUCUCACGCCCCCAACGGGAACCGUCAUGGACGUGUUGAAGGCGGACGAUCGCUUCAGCGUUCUGGUUGGCGUCAUCCAAGUGGCCGGGCUGACGGAGCUGCUGAACCGACCGGGCGCGCUGACUUUCUUCGCUCCCACCGACGCCGCUUUCCACGCUAUGACGCAGCCGGAAGUGGGCAAGCUGAUGCGAAACCGCCAGGAGCUGGCAGCUUUGCUCAAAUACCACCUUGGUGAGGGGAUGGUGGUCCGCGGCGGCGUGGGAUCUCACACCAGACUCAAGCCCCUGCUGGGCGACAAGCUGGAGCUGGGCGUGGUCAGUGCUCGCGACUCCCUCGCGCUUUGCGUUCCCCUUAACGUCUGCCACCCGCAGAGGAACAACACGAUCUUCGUCAACCGAGUGCCGGUGGCAAUCGGCGACCUGAUGGCCACCAACGGCGUCGUGCACGGCGUCGACAGCAUCGUCAAACCGCUGCCUCCCAAGGUGGACCGAGAGCAAGCUGACGGCCCGCUGGGUUCCCUCAGGUCUUCGUUUUCUUCCGCUACCUCUUCCAUGAGCUCAGAUUCUAGGAGCUUCAGGAACGACGAACUUUUCAAGAAGGUCAUUCAAAGUCGCUCCAGCAGGACAAUGAAUGCCUCUCAGUGAUGUCACAAUUUUCUCGUGAAACAUUUGCAAUGUUUUUUUUUUUCUUCUUUAAACUAGUGGCUCACAUGCUCCCUGUUGGCAGCCACCGGCCGGCACGCCAUCAAACAAAGAAUUGAGCUUUAAAAUCCUGAAUAGCGCUUCAAAACCAAAAUUUGAAAGCAGUCCAAAUUGGAGGAAGCUUUCCUUGCUUCUUAGCAUUGUUGCUAAAUGCUAACUAGCUUAUUAUCAUUGCUAACUAGCUAGCCAACGCUUGCUCUCCGCUAGUUCGUUCACUAACAAAAGCAGAUCGCCACAAAUCAAUCGUCCGCUUUUGGACGUGGCCAAUGUUGCAUGGUGGGAAACGGAACCGGCCCGCAAUUCAAUCAAGACACUGUUGAUGAUGACGUUUUUCGAAUCAUGGUCACGAAGUCGACCAGUAUGUUUUUGUAAAAUAAAGCUCCGGAGUGGCGAGUGUGUGUGUGUAAGUUGUUGCACACCAAGCUUUUGAAAAUUUGUUUCACUCAUGUUUUAUAAAAUGUGUCACAUUGAUCCCAAGUUUUAUGUUGGAAGGGAAAAUAGAAUUUCACAUUAAAAACAAUUGUGCAAUUACUGUGAAACUGAAAUUGUUUGGUAUUCUGAACACUUCAAAUGGAUCCAACGCAAACACCUCAAGACUAAUCAACGUUUCUCACCAGGAUUAUCAAAAUACAUCCAACACACACACGCGCACGCACAUCGGCGUGAUUAAAGCUGAUCAACGCAGGAUCCAAUUUGAGAUGA